AUGGAAGCUGCGACCCCACGAGCGGAUGCGGCGGCGGCGACGGCCGAUGUGCAGCAGCAGAUCGAGUCGUCUGUGCUCCGAACUGCCGAACUGUUUGUGCUGACGAAGCGCAGAGACGCGUGGGCGCACGACUUUGCGCCCAGCAAACGAGUGCGCGUGCGGACGAAGCUGCAUGAUUCGUACUUACUGGAGAUUCCGGAAGCGUUGCUGGAGUCGAAGGGCUCAGCUGGAGCCACGGGGUCUCCUCCUGAGACGACGGAGGGUGCAGUCUCUGGUCCUGCUUUACCAUCGACAGAUGGGGUCCGUGAGGGCCGUCCCGUUCCGUCUCGACCUGGUGGCGUUUCGGUUGCAGCGGGUGAAGAAGAACCGGUGGAAGCUGAUGCGAAGCUGUCGUUCGUGGACCAAGUGGCGAAAGAGGUGGAGCAGGAGUUGGCACUCACGAAACGGAAGCUGUACGUUGAGCAGUUCAGCGCCAUCUUUCUCGGCUAUGCAGUAUGCCGUGUGGCUGCCGCAGCAAAUAUGAACGGAGGGACCCCGUCGGCUGUCGUGCAGUACAAGGAGCAAACAGAGACGUCUACUCAGCUAGGCACGAUCCGCCGCCGUGCGACAGAGGUGCCAAAGCCGAAGUGGCACGCGCCGUGGAAGCUCAAGCGUGUGAUUGCUGGACACCUCGGAUGGGUGCGCUCGAUUUCCGUCGACCCUACGAACGACUGGUUUGUCACGGGCUCUGCUGAUCGGACGAUCAAGGUUUGGGACUUGGCAUCAGGGCAGUUGAAGCUCACGCUCACUGGGCACAUCAACGCUAUUCGCGGUCUGGAAGUGAGCUCGCGCCACCCGUACCUUUUCUCAGCAGGAGAAGACAAAAAGGUGCUGUGCUGGGACCUCGAGUACAACAAGGUCAUUCGGAGCUACCACGGUCACCUGUCGGGCGUGUUUUCGGUGAAACUGCACCCAGCGCUUGAUAUCCUUGUCACUGGAGGUCGCGAUGCCGUUGCCAGAGUGUGGGACAUGCGAACGAAGAGCCCGAUUCACGUGCUUUCGGGCCACCAGGGCACUGUGUGGGGCUUGGAGACGCAAACAACGGAUCCACAGAUCAUUACUGGCUCCAGCGAUAGCACAGUCAAGCUGUGGGAUCUGGCUGCCGGAAAGGUGAUGACAACGAUGACAAACCACAAGAAGGCUGUCCGCGUCGUGACAAAAUCCCCGACGGAUCACACAUUCAUGUCGGGCGCGGCGGAUAAUAUGAAAAAGUGGGAGGCAAAGGAAGGCAUGUUUCUGCGCAAUUUCUCGACACACAAUGCGAUCAUCAACUCGAUCUCGAUCAACCAGGACGGCGUGAUGGCCUCAUGUGGAGACAACGGGUCGAUGCGCUUUUGGGACUACCAGACAGGCUAUUGCUUCCAGACCGACUCAACAAAGGCGCAACCCGGCUCCCUGGACAGCGAGACGGGCAUUUAUGCGUCGACUUUUGACAAGACAGGCUUACGGUUUAUCACGUGCGAGGCGGAUAAGACCAUCAAGGUGUGGCAAGAGGAUAGCUCGGCAUCAGAGGAGUCGCACCCUAUCGAUAUGGCCCAGUGGACAAAGGACUUUACGGCCCCGAAGCGACAUUAG